GUUUUUGCAGAAGUGUGCUUUUAAAGUCUGGCAGUCAUAUUCCGCUCAGAUUCCAAAAUGAAGCACCCCCUAAGCGCCUUACUGCUCUUCGCUUGCGCCAUCCAAUGUUUAGAAGGGCGUGGGUUUAUAUUUCGUGGUCAUCACGAUGAAGAUGAAGAUAAAGCCAGUGAUUCGAUGGUCAAUCUGGAAGCUGUGGAGGCUAAAUGUGCAGUAACCUUCGUCGUUGAAGUCUUGAAGCAUGAGCCUGAGAAAGUGAAGAAACAAGUGCCCCGUAUUCAACCGCCCCAUGUCGUGAAGAACGUACAAAAAUUCUUAGACGAGUGCGAAAAAGGAAAAGGAGUAACGUCAUCCUGCACGACCCUGAGCAAGGCUCAGAGUGUCCCUGCUUGCUUGCGCAAAAAGGUCAAGAAAGUGGAUGAGAAAUACAGGAAAUCGCUUAAGGCGUUUGCGGGUUGCUUAGAGAAGCACACCAAGAAGGCAAAGGAAAGGCACUCGACGCGCUCACUGGCAACCUUCCUUGAUGACGAUGUGUUCAGUCAUUACUGACACUGAGUCCUGAAGUAAAGAACUACACGAAUACUCCUGACACAUGGGCAUCCUAGAGGCCUUUCAAGAGAAGGACACCUAUCCGAACGACCACUGACACUCUGCUUUUGGUAGCCACUCCCUUUCGAAAAGGGAGAUUGGCCAGGCUCCUUUGCGACUGAAAGGGAGUUGAAUAAUGUUAAAAUUGGGCUGUUUCGUUCUGUAUUAAAAUCGAGAAGAAAAAAAGAACAGUGCAGGGCACACAAUUGAGAGCAUCUAAAUUUAAAUCAUAUGUAAGAAAUUAAUUCAUUCAUUUUAAUGAGAGUCUCAUUAAAAUUUAGAUGCUCUCAACCGUUUUGUUUGUGUUGUGGACCACUAUCGCCGGAUACUUGCACAUUGCUCUUCUACGUAUUACAAUUUUAAUUUGAAAGGGAGCAGCAUCCACUCUAGUGCCAACCAUUAUGAUUUGUAUCUCGCAAACAUGCGAGACCAAAAUAUAUUAGCUUAAUUCUGUUAUGAAUGGUAGGAGUUUCGUAAACUCAUUAGACUCUCAUCAAGCCUAAUACGAGAUAUUUUUAAUUCGAUACUCUCGCAAAGAAGAGGUUCUCAGUAUCCAUCGCAGUAGUACCAGACACGGCGCUGGUAACUUCUGCUAGUAAUUUUAAACCUCCCCAUCAGAUACACCCGCUAAACUAUAUGGGAAUAAAUGUGCACAAAUUUAGGAAUUUACAAUUUACUGCACGGAAACAGGUUGUAUUGAUCUGCCAUUUCCAGUCCGUUAACAGCCAGCGCCAUAUUUUUGGUGGCGUGCACUGAGAGCAGUGACAUGUGUCUGCGGCGCAAGCAAUUUUCAAUAAGGAGCCUUUCAAAGCUGCAAAGAACCCAUACUUCAAAGGGAUUCGAGCCUGCCUGUGCGUCAGCGGUAUAACUCUAGAAAUAAAGUGAAAAUUUGA